AGCCUUCCUGCCAUCACAUACUUGACCUUAGUCCCACUCUGCGACCUUCGCCCCGCCCUCCCCCAGCUGCCUGACACCACACGCCCAGCUGUGCCUCAGUUCCCCUGCGUCGCUCGUCCUGUGGAGCUCUCGAUGAUGGCAACCGUACCAGUGGUGGUGCUGGUGUUAGCGCUGUUGGCAGGGGGUGUCACAGCGUGCGGCUCGGGGUCCCAGCAACCUCGCCGGCCUGUUCCUGUGGCAACCACGCCGGCGCCCGCACCCGGACUCUGCUCCGGAGUGGCUCUGCUGCACGGCACUACCUCGGACGUCCGCCAAAGCGUAUUACGUGAACUGUGCCUCAGGGUCCACCAGCACGUGCACCUCAAGACUUCGCAGCGUUCGGCCUCCAACCCCAAGCAACAGCCAAAGCGCACGGAGCAGGCGGCGGCGCUAAACCUCCACCGCGACAGCUUCAGCGAUCAGGUCAGGUGGGAAGCGGGAGAGGCAAGUGACGUCAUCAACACGGCAAACUGGUAUGUGGACGCGGAGGUGCCGCUAAGCAAUGGUUACACUUGGUACCAACAUGGCCUGCCCUUGUGGCCGCUGCUGGACCAAGCACUAACACAGAAGGAAACCGUCCUGGGCAAGAAGAAGAAACUCAACUGGCCCAAUUAUGCAAUCGCGACGCCACUGUACGUCGCGCCCCUGGAAGCCUCCAACAGCCGCGAUCUCGCCAUCUCCGUCAGGAAGCUCUUCGCUGGGGACACUGCAAGGCCCCAGCAACAGAGCGCUAGCCAGAACACCUUCGCCAACAGCAACAAAUUCCAGUCUACCGUUCUGGAUUUCAUCAAAGACAAUUUUCAAGACCAAUUCGGUUACACGCAUUCGGAUAUCGGUCAGACCUUCGGCGAGACCGGACGGUGGAUCCAACCGCUCGUAAAGGAAAGUCUGCGCCCCAUGUUGGAGUCUUUCAUGAAGAGGCAGAAGACUCGAGCGCCAAAGAGCAGCGAUAUAGCGACGUGUCCCGAUGAGGUGUACUUAUUCUUCCUGCAGAAGCCGUGCCCGACGGCCUCGGCCUGCCAGGUCAUCCUCGAUAUCCAGCAAGAACUGAGAGUCACCAACUGCGUCAACACCGAUGUUGUGGUCGGUUACACCACAGCGAGAUCCGCGUCCCAUGGCUAAGAGCUGUGGCGCGACAGAGAUGCACUUGCUAGGAUAGGCUUUGGAUAAUCUUAAUUCCACAUACAUAACAAUACGUUCUCUCAUUUAAGUAUGUUGUGUUUAUCGGUGCAUAGGCCUACAUAUCUAUCUUAUUUUAAUUUAGUCCUUUAUUUACCACCCUGGCUAACUGUACCGGUGUACAUGUGUGUGAGUGUGGUACAUUUGAAGUAUGUGGUUACCAAACUGGGUGUCGCGGUGUACUGCAAGGCAUAGGGGUUGGCAUUUGAAUUUCAAAUUACUAUGACUAUUUAGGUGAAUUUUUUAUUUCCCCUUUGUGCAUACAAUCUGUUUAUUUUGUUUUGAGAUGUAGCACUUCGUGGUAAAGAUAAGGGUACACUGUGGAUUUGGUUCAAGAAGAGUGUCACAGAGGGAAUUUUCGAGUACCAUCACUGAAAAAGGGGAACCAUUGGUCUAUCUAUACAUAUAUCGUGUGCAAACUCGCACACUUUCGAAUAUAUGUGGAAAAUAAGGGAUACACAAGAAAAUACACAUUAUCUGAAACACACUCUAAAGUACGCACACACAAACAGUCACAUACUUAUACAUAUAUGUAUAUAUCAGUUCAUAUGUGUCGCAUACCGCAUUAUAGAAAGAAACGAAGGUAUUAAACACUAUUCAGAUUAUUAGCUUUUGAUUUCAUUACAUUUAUUCAUCGGUGAAUAAAUAUACUAAAACAUCCCACCACACAAAUUAUCACACACAUGCUGCCAAAACCGGGUUGCCAGAUGAAUAAGCGUUUUGUUCCUUCACAAUACUGAGGGACAGUUGCUGGAAACAUCUAGUAUAUUUCUUGACUGCUCCUGAAAUUCAGACAAAAAAUGGUAUGUCUUAAUCAGUAGUUUCACAUGUGUAUUCAUAAUUAUUCAUGCAUAAUAAAAGCGAUAGGCUUGAGGAUACAUAAAAUAUAAUUAAAAUUAAUCAUCAGAUUAUCAUUAAGAAAUUAUAAAAUUAGAUUAAAUCUAAUUAUCAGAUUUUGGUAUUCUGAUGCUAAACCUUAAAAUCUGUUAUUUUAAACUUAAAUAUAUCAUGUCGAGAUCGUUCAUCAUUGAAGCAAAUACAGGUGUUUAAUGAGUAAUGUCCACCAUGCAAGUUAUAUAGAAUAAAGGUGUAUUCCCUUA